CAAGUGCUACUUUCCAAAUGAUCGCUUUAGCACUGCUUUGCCUGCUAUUGUCAGCUGAGAUGCUUUCUGUGCGUGUCAGCAAUAAAGCGCCAGUUAAAUCCUUCAUUAAAAAUGAAGAUCCUGUAUAUGUCGAAGAGAUCUUUGCAGACGAAGCGUCCAAUACUACUUCUUUGAGCGAAGAUGAUGUACCACCAAAAGAAAUACCCGAUGACGAUGCACCACCGGUGGAGUUCGCGGAGGAUACUUCCUUGCAUCCUUCCAUAACUACGCGGAAAACAAAAGGAAUUGGCAGCUCGAGUGCCAGACUCACAAAUAAGACUAGAACUGCUGCAUUUGCAAAUAUUGCGACAAUAAGUCCCCAACGAAAUCCACGGAAGCUUAUGGCUAUGGGAGCUUUACUAAAGCAACAACUGACGGAGCUGCGUGAAAAAAACCGUAUAGCUUUUGAAAAUUCAAUGAAAAGAAGGAAGGAUAGAAGCUAUCAUCUCAAAUGGGCACUAUUUCUCAUACCGCUAAGUGUCCUUGUUGCAUAUGCUAUAUUCGUCAUAGUCAAAAGAAGAAGGUACAGUUUGCAGAUGGAAACUAGCGCUACAUCAAUAUCGAUGCAGGAACAGAGGAGAACUCCCAGUGCCGAAUUGAGAAAAAUGAACUGGACAACCAAAAGAAUACCAAGGCCUCAGCCAGUGAUUUCUGAUCAUUUUGACAAGAAAAAAUUUACGGACAAAGGACCUUUAGUUCUGACUAAAGAACUCAAAGGCGAUGUGAAGUUCGCCACAUUGCCUUCCCAUGAGAUUGUGAGAGUCGAAUUUGACGAUAAGCUGAACGAAAUAGUUCAGAUUGGCUCAAGCGUGGAGGUUUAUCCCAAAGAGGAUCAAACACAUCAAAGCAACGUGAAAUCAAAACUGAAGAAAGACCUCGAAACAUCAAAAGCUUUGCCACUGGAUCGCACUCAACUCAAAUCAGUAAAGGAUACUAGAAGUAAACUCGAAGAAAUUAAGGAGAUGAAAACGGAGCCUGCAAGCACUUCGAUUGCUGAUUUACAAUCUGCACCAGCAGAAGAACCACUCUCGAAUGGUAGAAGUGCACGAACGCCAUCGAAUCGAAAUUAGGAUUGG